GUCAUUUAAAGCCACUGAUACCGAGCAUUACGUUGAUGUAGAGCAGAGAACCACAGAUUUAUAGACUACAUUAGGAGUCAGAUGAGAACAUUAUGGUGUUGGUUGUGAGUUAGGUCAUGGGCUCUGUGCCUUGUUUGCUCCUGGGGCAGGGUUGUGAUAUCGCCUUACUUCCUCAUGGCCCUCACUCAGAUGGGACAAGUGUGCUUUUUCCAUCAUAGCCCCAGACGACUUUUUUCGACGAUGUUGGCUUUCUUGCUGCAUAACGAUACUUGAUUGCUGCAAGGUCAUGCGAGAUGGCUGGUUACACUACGCAGAUGCAGAAUGGUGACUGGUUUAUUAGCUUCAUAGACAUAAACAAUGUGCUGUUUUUGCUUUUGCAAAGCCGACUAAAGUGACCGUGCGGUCCAUUGAGAUCACGGCUCGUACUUUCAGUCAUUUAUUUCAGUCAGUGUAACAAUUUCAGUCGCUAACAAUGUGGAAUGUUAGUAAAAAGCCAGACAGUGCCUCGAUUAUCACUACCACUGCCCUUUCCCCCUCUCUCCUUUGUCUUGUCAUCCUAUUCUUCCUCCUUUUUUUCCCCUUGCCUUCCGUCAGUGGCCUUGCUGUUUAUUGACAGAGCAGUACAUUCUAGACAUAUCUGGGGGAUUAAGUUGCAAAUUUAAGCAAUGAGAAAAUCAAUGGGUUCCUCUUUUAAUUCAUGAGAAAGGCUGUCACUGUGAAAAAACAGCAGGGCGAUGUGGCUGCUUAGAUCACAUUCAUCUGGGGAGAAGCAGAGGAGGAGGAGGAAGAAGAGGAGGAGGAGGAGGACAGCAUCCGUUAAAUCUCUCCAUCAAAUGAGGGCAGAGCUAAAGGUGGUUAGCUUGAGAUAAAUCCUCAAAAGGGGGGGAAAAAAAGGUCUUUUGUUUCUACGUUUAUCCGUGUCUUUAAUGACGGAGCUCUGACUGAGGUAAAAAAGAUUAUUUAAAAGAGCUGCAUUGCUAGUUUUUUCCAGAUUUUAGCAUUUGAACAUUUAAAACAACAUGUUAUGAACAAAACAAGUAAUAGCGAAGAAUUACCCAUUCACACCUCCCAGCUCUUGAACGUCAGCCAUCUUUGGCAAAUAGUCAAGAAAGUCAUCAGAUGCAGCGAAUGUUUUACAACUCCUCUAAACCAGUCAUGUUCAUUCCAAGGAUACAACUACAGUAUGUUAAAGUGUAUCCCCUGCUGACUCAAAGGAAUUUGAUUUUUUUUAAUGAACAGCUCAAUAUCCAAUUCAUUAAAGUGGCUGUUUUAUUUGAUGCACUUUCCUUACUCCAGCUGAACCCGGAGAGCAAGCCUUGGGGAUGAGGGCAGAUGGAGUCCUGGCGAAGGAUGUCCAGUUUCUCGCUCCGUAAAUGUGUCUAUGUGGCCUUUAGAGAGAGACUUGUGGACUCGGGCGGAUUGUGACUCUCCUCGGCAGAGGCUGAGAUCAGGAGUUUUACUCUCUCUGGCUGCCGAACAAUAGGGGAUGUAAUUGGCUCUCCUUCAUCAUUAGAGGCAGGCCGAGAGGCAAACCUAACAACUGGUGUGGGGCCAUCCACCAGAGCUUUCUAGAGCUCUCUGAACAUCCAUCUGCCAUGGAAAACAACUCACAUUGAGAGUCGUGUUAAGCUUUAGUGUCGUAUCAAAAAUGUCACCCGUGGCGCUGCUUUGUGCGUACUGUAAUUACAGUUUCUCUUUCAUUUAGUGAAGUGAAUGUGCACUCUGAAAUCUCCUUGUGCGACAUAUGAAGCUAAAGACAAAUUUAGGAAGAAAAAAUAGGUAAAAAGAUGGACAUACAUAACCUACAGCAGUUUGGAGGCCCUGAGGAGAAAACGCAUACAGGGGAAAGGGUCAGACCAGGAGGGGAAGGAGUUCCUUAGCAUGGGCCUGAGGGCUGGUUGGGGAUGUGUCAGGUGCGUGAGCUGCGCUCUGUGCCGUGCAGUGUUGUUGUUGUUACACCGAGGGCAGAGCCACAAGUCCGAAAGUAUUGAUUUCCAGCCUUGUCAAAAGGCAAAGAACUGUCAUGUGGAGAGCCCUGACCUUGGUACACAUACUAAGACAACUAUUCCCCUCGGCCCCCUGCGGCACGGAUAGGAGAGAAGAGAGGAGCGAGAAAUAUCAGCAUUGAGCAGCAAACAACAACCAGAAACCAAGUCUCCUGCAGGGGGUGAGAAGGAAGAGCAGAGGGGAGGAGGGGGGGGGUUGAAAGAAAAAGACAAAGAAGGUAAGGGAAAGGAGGUGAUAAAAGUAGGAACAGGAAGCAAGACAGAGAGACGAGUGGAGUUAACAGUCAAAGCCAGGACCAGUUCCCCUGAGUUGUCAGUGGGCAGCCCAGCGUCUAGUUAUCACGCUGUUUGAAAUGACAAUGGCUUGACUUGUAUUUUCCUCCCGAGACCUGUUUCAGAUCUAUAAACCGGAGGGGUGGGUGGGUGGAUACCAGAAACAAGAAAAGGCUGGUCAGAUAUAGAAACGGAACAAGCAGGUCCUGGCAGAAGCCUGACAAAAAAGAAAAGAGACGCAGAAGGAGUAAGAGAUUGGUUCCUUCUGUUUCUGUAUCGCUCAUGUACUUGAAGCCUUUGAGAUCUACAGAGAGGACGGAAGAAAAGAAAAAAUCAAGCAGCAGCUCCAGUGAAAUGUUUUUCAUGUGGAAGCUCCAGGAUCUGACAACAAGGAAGAGCUCCCUGUCACCUGCAGCUACACGGCAGGGCUCAUCCCAGAUUGCUGCGGAGCGCUCCGAGCGGGGAGACAGACGGAGGAAACAGCCUACAAAGAGCUCUCCCUGGGUUAGAUUAAGGUGACAGACACUUAAGAGACCCAGCUUUAGUCACACAUCUCUUGCCUCAGAUCAGGGUCUUUUGCUAACAAGCUCAGUAACAAGUUCCCUCUCUCAUCCAUGGAAGCUUCUGAAUAAAGGCCACUUUUUCAUGAUGAAGAGUUCUGCAUAGAGUUGUAAGGGAAUCUGUGCACAAAGUCUCUUUUUAGCGAGUCUGUAAGAACUGCACUCCUAAUUGAAUUAGCUGGCUUAUUAGUGUUUGACAUUGUAAGCUUGGCCAUAAGUGAAGAAGUGGGGACUUGGGGAGUGGAUUUAAAGAGCAGUGUUGGUUUUGGUUCUAAUUUUACACUCUCUUGACACACAUUAUUCCCUUUGUAGCUGCAGUUACGCCCCCAUAUAGAAAUGCUAAUAAUACGCGCGCAGGCUGGUUUUAGCGGCUGCCAAACCAAGGAAGCUCAGUCAUCUCAUAAGCCAUUGGCUACAGCCUUGUCCAGUCCCAUCAGUGAUGGAGACUCAUCAUUUAUGGAUAAAGUAGGAAUAGGGAAGUGGGUAUAAUUAAAAAAAGACCAUUCAUUAGAAGAAAAACUAUGUUAUUAGGCUAAAAAAAAAUCAAAAGAAACAGGAUUAUUGUCCUAUUUGAAGAUAAGAAUAUGCAACAUUCUUUAUCCUCUUACUCUCAAUCCUCUUAUUUGAACUGGUUUUGAAGAAAUAAAGAUUAAUCACACCUUUAGCUAUAAAACAGUUUAGUAGCCUUGAUGAUGACUCCUGCAUGUGAUUCUGCCUUAAUUUGACCAAAAAUAAUUGCUAAUUACGCUUGCUUGUGUUAUUUUAUUGUUAAAUCCAAGGGCUUAUGCAGAGUUAACUCAGGAAAAAAAAGGAAUCUUUGAUCAAGAGCAACAACAUUCAGUUUUUAUGAGUCUGUGCAAAUGCGCGCACACACAAGCGAAAUGAAUGUGUCUUUACCUGCUCAGUCCGCACUGUAAAAACUACUGUCUCUAACCGCAUAAAUCCUAUUUAGAUUAUAUAAAGUACAUAACACAUUUUGGAUGGGACAUGGCAAUCUAACUAAACUAUCACUUGUCUUUUUCUUGUCAAGACCCGACUCUGCUUUUAAAAGUGCUAAAUUGCUCACUUUUAAAAUUAUAUAUAGUAAAAAUGAGCAUUACAAAAAGAUAUAAUUCAAUAAAUUAAUUUAAACUGGGGAAAUUUAGAUUUUUUUCAAAGAAAAUUGCAUAAAUGUUCAUAUUCAGAUUACACGUGCAGGACACGUGUAUUCACCUACAGGUAAAAACAGACCAAAUAAAGAAAUUAAAAAUGCAUCCAGUGCAAGACUUUGGGUUUAAAGCAAGAACAUGGUUGUGUCUUUUAAAUUAGGAUUAAAUUCAGUUAAAAUGCUUGAAUUUGUACAAAAAAAUGAAUAAACAAGGACAGAUUUUGCCCCCAAAAAACUGCUUCUUUACCCACAAAAUGAUCUCUCUUUGGAUAUAAAUGAGAGCAACCCUUUGAGGCCAGCCGGCCUGUCUGCUACUGUAGGUGCCAGAGGGAACCCUGACAGGCAAAUGCACUGACUGACAUUUGAUGAUCUUGGGGACAGGUGGUCAAAGUGAAACUGGCCGUUCUUCACAUUUCACACAAGCUUUCAAGUACCAGCAUGCCAAGAGAGAAAUCCGCCGCUCAUAAAUCCAGCAGAGAAACAUACUGGGCUGUACUCUGAAUGGUGUCAACAGGUAUGAUGAAACACGGGGAGCAUUCAGGUUAAACAGCUUGAUGACAUAAUAGCAGCUCUUGUUUCCUCACAUGAGACAGCAAUUUGGGAUGAUGAAUGUAUUGUUGGAUGGAGAAUUCCAAAAUAUAAUUCUUGCAAGUGAUAAAUAGAAAAAACUAUUGAAUGAAUGUAUGACAAAUUUUUUUAACCCUUUGAUGCUUAUUGAUGCAAUCAAACCACUUUGGCUCCAAAACGUAGCUUAAAUUUAGCAUCUAUAAAAGCACAAACACUUGAUUUGUUUUCACAGUCAUCAAGGGGUUAAAACAUUUUAGUUAUGUAUCUUUUGUGGAAGGGCUUUUCUUUAAUGUUUUUGUUCAAAAUAUCAAGCAUGUCAACAUUUUGUUAUUUUGUCUGAAUUUCAUUUCUUGAUCAAACUAUUUCUUUCCUGCAUUUCCCUGGUGAUGUACACAUUAGUCUUAUCCCGGCAUUUCACCUGGGGAUACAUAGGGCCCAUAAAUAUGGAAGGCACCUUACCCUGUAGCUUCUUAAUGAGCUUGCGUGUGUGUUAGUGUCUGGGUGGCGUGCCGUUUGGUGUGUCGCACCACGUCCCCGCUGUUUGUUUACUCACUCCGACAAAGAUACACUCGCUCAAUGAUGGUGCUCAGCACCUCUGCCUGUAAGUGCCAAAAGAGCGGGCUCCGGCUCCUCCUGUAAAUAAUGCAUCUGCCAGCGUCGUGCAGCUCGCAGGCGCCAGUUGUCUGGGGCUGUUUGGCACCCUGAUAAAUCUAAAAGGCGACCUGUCGCUCUGCAUUUACCGCUAUUUUUGUGUGUUUGUUUGGAAAAGUGCGAUUGUCACUAGCAGGCGGGCUUCAAUAGCUCCAUGCUGUGUGAAAAUGGUGCAUUAUUUGUACACACGCUGCUGCCCCUGAGGCUGCAUGGACCCUGCGAGUCCCCCGUGGCUGCACUGAUGCCAGCACGUGCGCAACCGCGGCGAAGGUCCCCAUGGAGAGGAAGUGGGCCAUUAGUACAGUCCUUGCCCCGCCAUUUUAUUCCACUUCAGUACACAUUACAGAGGGCCGCCCUUUACAAACUAUCUAACACAUACUAAUUAGUCUAGCGACAGAGACGAUUUUUUCCUUUGCUGAUGGAGAAUCUGUACAACUACAAAGCUGGGCAAAAAAGAAAAAAGCCCUGGACUCAUACUGCAUUAAAAUCUCUCUUUUGCUUUAAAAAAAAGUGUGUCAUGUUAUAGGCCGGUCUCCCUAUUUAAUAGUGCUGUGAAAACAUAACUGAUGGAACCAUUUCAUAAAGGAAAAAAAGGGUAGUUUUAUUUGUUUGAAAAAGAAAUAAACCUCCUGGCUUUAAAGUAGUUUGGAUAUACAGUUAAAAGUCCUUUUUUCUUUUCUUACAUGACUGGCCUAACGUUAUAGAUUAGCUUGUCGAGCCGUCUUCUCUCCUACCAACUCGCCUCUCAUGCAACAUCUUCAUUUUCUGGAAACAAGAACAACCACAGGCUUAAUGAAACUUAAUGAUGAUAGUCAUAACACAACAAUAAUCCACUGGUCUGGAAAACUAAUCAAUGCGUCUUCUCUCCUUCCACUAAUGACCUGUGAAAACAAAGCAAUAAAAAGGCGGUGUGUGUUUAUUUUGGGCUAAGCAACAGGCUGAUAGCACCGGUGGGUUGAUUAGUGUAAAGAAAAGACAAGAUGGUCACACAGAUUAAGGCUCACACAAAGCUGGUGUCAUCACAUGAUGUGACGGAAAAAGUCUGUGAAUCUAAAGGGCUUCUUUAAGUUAUUUAUGAUUUUUAAGAUUAAUUUUUUUUUAUUACAAGUGUCCUUCUGUUCUGUGUGACUUAAGUAAUGGGGUGUGCAGAAAUUUUAUUUUGUUUUAUUAUGCAUUUUUAGCUGAUUCCUUCCAGCCUGUGGCUGUUUAGUGGAAAAAACUGCGAAUGCAGCUUCAGGACUCAACUUCACCCGACACAGUUGGGUCAAUUUCUUUGUGGGAGAAUUCCAAAAAACAAUUCAGGCCCACUUUUGAACAAAGUCCUGCUUUUUUUCAGGCCUAUUGUUUUUAAAGGAGAAACUAAAUCAAGAAAAAGCAAAAACUAAGGACAUAAUAUUGUAUGUACUGUGGCUCUUUUAUUCCCACAUUCCCUUGCUUCCUGUUUCAGUUUUGAUCAGCAGCUAAAUCAUUUCUUGAACCCAUCAACUGCAGCAAAUAGUUCUUAUUUUGUGUAAAUAGAUCAUACAUUUUGCAGCAGGGUUAUUCUUCAAAAAAAAAAAAAAAUUCAAAUUCUUUAUAAAGUUUUGUGAUAGAUGUACUUUGUAUUCCCUGGUCAGAGCAUAGGAUUGCCUUAACACAAAACACACUUCAUGUGUCAGCUUCAGGGAUCACUGUCAGGUGGAUUACAUGGAAUGAUGGGGUGAUGUGUCUUUUUUUUUUCAUCAGGCUUGCCAGAGAGCCUGGUGUCCUGAUUAAAAAUUUCAGCUCCACUGCCUUUCUAAUUAAUUAGCGGGGCCACUCAAAGGAUCGCUGCGGACCAAUUAGUCUCUAGCAAGCCGAUGAUGCUUAUCGCUACUGCAUCACCAUACAGCUGUCGCUCCCUGCUCCGAGGACGGCUGGGGAUGGACCCUCUAGGUGCUCUCGCAGGUUCAAACAUGCAUGUGUGUGUAAUUCACCAGAUGCACAGAGAGAAGGAGAGAAAUAUGCAGACACAAUCGGCAAAAAGAGAUUAAAAUCUGCAAUCAAAUUAAAGUUAGAUAAACUCUAACAUACUUAAAGAGCAAUUGCAUUUUGAGGGGUGAAAAAAUAACAGCAGAUAAAAUGCUUUUUGAGCUCUGACAGUGAGUUGGUCCUGCAUGCUGACCACAGGGCUGGGCGGGGAAGUGUCUGCAGUUCUUUGGAGAGGUGGCUGAGUUUGCUGACUUUGUGAGAAUGGACUAGUUAUAAAACCAAGGCAGCUCAUUUCCACUUCAAAAAGGUCGUCUGAAACAUGGCAUCAGCAGGCCUCUGUUGCAGUCGCUGGUUGUACACGUGUCUGUGCAGACUAAUACAUGCGUAUGCACGCGCACACACACACACACACACCCUCCAUCUGAUCAUCCCACAUUUACUAAUAUUCCUAACGUCUCCUCAUCGCCUUUUUACCCGGAGUUUACUAUUUAUGCAUACUUGAGGAAAAUGAGCUGAUAUAGUUUUUCUGCAAGACUGAAAAACAGCCAAUAGCUAAAAAAAAAAAAAAAAAAAAACACUUCAAAGCCCCCAGUCGUGGUGAGUACGCACUAAUGAACACAUCACACACUUCACACACACAAACACAUAAGUUUGGUUACUGAGUGGACUGAAGAUUGGCAUGUUUGAGAAUAAGAAAAUGUGUGCGGGUGCACUUCCAAAGCGCAGACACAAACUAACACCAGUCACUUUGCAACUACAACAGUCAGCACCAUUGUGGCUGAUUAGUAUGAGGAGAGGCGAUGAAUAUUAGAGAAGGACUCUGAAGAGCUGCAGAUGAAAUGUGGAGACGACGUCAAAGCAUUUUGCUUCUGUUUCGUUCAUUAGCUCUAAAUCAGGCCACUGACGGUCUGUCCGCAAUCACACAAAGACAAAACUGCACAAACAACACUGCUGGAAAUAGUUGUAGUUAUUAGAUCGGCAUGUCUGACAUUUUGUCGACAUAAGUAAUUAAUUUAGCCUUUCUAUUAGGAAAGUCCAAAGAGCCCAAUUAACAUAGCUAAUAUUGCUGCAUCGUGUAAAAAAAAAGCAUCUUUUUUUUUAAUACAGAGGGAAUAUUUAAAUGACUUGCCUUCAUUAUUCAAAUGUACAAGCAAAGUCAUCACAGGGGAAGGAGACAAGAUGGGAUUCCGAGUGGUAGGAACAGGAAAAUGAUAAUCAAUCUUUUAAUUGUGCAAAGCAAAAGAGCAUAUGAGCCUCUCUUUGGGUUUUCAGGAGUCAUUGAAUAGCUGAAGGUCUACUGACAUUUUUCUUUCUUCUAGACAGCAGCUUCGAUGUACUUUUGUUUUCACUGAGCACCAUGUUGUGCUCAUAAUGUUUAAAAUUAUUUUGAAAAAAAACAACAUUUUUUUGUGGGUGACAGUCUAAUCAUCUUUAGGCUAUUUUCAAAGGAUUCCCAGUGUUCUUUUAAUUAUGAUUAUGCUGUUAUUAGGCAAAAUCAGUAUAUAAUCAGUUUCUGUAGAGUGGCAGCGAAAUUCACCUCUAAGUCGUGGGUUGGACUGUCCCAAUCCUCUCCCGUUAGCUUACAGCCCCUCACACCCGCAACCUAACAUUAGCGGUGCAACAGAAAUGGUGAGCCAACCAGCUGUACAAUUUUGAGCCAGAUGCCAGCUUGGAUGAGGAUGUCUACAAGCCUCCCAGCAUAGGUACUAUGUGACGCCUACAAGCUUAUUUUAUUAUUCCUUCAUCUAUUCCUGAUUUACAAUUUGAAUAAAGAAAUAUGUAAAAAACAACAUUUUGAGCUAAAUUAUCUUCAUCUAUGUCCUCUAUCAUGAGAAAAUGGCACAACAUGAUGCUAAAAACACCUCUAAGUUUAGCCUACAGACAUGCAGAAUUUUAAAUUUUUCAGCUCAUAAGCUCAUACAGGAAGGAAGUCCCACAACUCUGGAAGCAGCCCACCCAACACUCAAAAUCCAACAAGAAUACAUUCAUAGAAUAAAAACCUAAAGGUCAGCUGCAAGUGAAAGAAACCUUUUCGAGUUGAUUUGAAUUUUUAAGUACGUGUUUUAAGGACGUGUUUUUCUGUUUUCACAUCAGUACCGGGGCUUGUUUUGUAGCUAACUGAGAGGGCCCCACUACUGCUCUUGGCUCCAAUCUCCCACUCGGAUAGCUAUAACAAAGUCAAUAUUACAAAGAGGUAACACAUGUCGAGGUUUGCUCCAGCCCCGCCUGGUCCUGUGAUCCUGUAUUUGAACACACAUACAUGGUGUAACCUUCUGUGCUAGAAAGCUUACCUCCAAGAAGAAAAAUGCAUCAGCAUUUUUUUUUUUUUUGCUAAUUUGUCCUCUGUUGAUGCUGGUAUGUUGGCUCUCCUCACGUGUGAAAUUGUUCAUGUAUGACUGAGGUAGUGUGACCCCAGAGCGGUAUUUCGGAUGAAUUAAAUAGCGGCAUUCGUUCAUAUGAAUUUUGCCUAAAUGUGUGUGUGUGUGUGUGUGUGUGUUGUGUGAGGGACAGUUUGUUUUGUUUUUCCCUUACUUCAGCACAUCUGAGAGAGCUUUUCUGGAACUCCUGAGCCUUGUCCAAACAAAGAUGGACGAAUGUGAGGGAAGAUGGGGGUGGGGGUGGAAAUACGGGUGUGUGCAUAUGUGCGUGGAAGUGUGUGUGUUUGUGAUUCUUCAAGUAAGCAGGGACUAGAAGGGCCUUGCGAAAAACCAAGAGGAGGGCUAGAAAACCGAGCCCCUGAGAAAGGCAGCUGGAAACACGAAGACUUGUGGUCUUUUUUCCUCCUCCUUGCCCCCCCCCCGACAUACACUCUUCUUACUCCCUGGUCCAGCUGCACUCAGAUGUGUCUGCAUGCCCUCCCCCCCCUCCGAAACCUCAUCACCCCUGCGCUCCCAAGCUCAAUGCCACUGCCAAGAGGAGAGAGUGUCACAGCUGGUAAUACUUACUGGCCAUUUCACCGCGGUGAAGGCAUGAGAUUCAUUAGGCCGCGUGUUUUGUGCUGAGUACCGGCCGUGUUAUUGUUAGGAUGUGGUAAAAUUAUAAAUAUGGUGGGGGCGAGGGGGGGAUCGGAGGGAAUCUAACUGAAAAGGUUGGAGCAGAAUGAAGGAGGUGGAGGAAGAGGAGAAACAUGCCACUCAUUAACUCCUCUGCCACAGACUUGUUUCUCAUGAUUGGGUGGCAAUAAAAAAGUCUGUCACAAUUUGUCAAAGUUAACGACUCAAAGUCACAGCAGCACUCAAGGGCUGGAAGGCACGCAAGUAAAUGCCGAAUCAGUCGAUGGCUUUAUAAUUGCCAAAAAAGUGAGGAAUUUGUAUUUAGUCAAAUGAAACAGACUUCCUGCAAAAGAGUUUGUAAUCCUCUUACUUUCUUUCCUUUCACCUGCUUGAGCUCUGCUGUAUCUUCUAUACGACCUGUGACUCUGAAUCAAUGUCUGUCCUCCACUUCAGGCUCUCUAUCUGUGAACUUUGUAAGAAGCGAUAAAGAUUAAAGCAGUCAGAAAGUCUUUCCCGACUUUAAACUCGCAUAUUUAAAGGCACUCCUCAUUCGCCUGUCUCAUCGUGUGGCUCCAGGAGUCACACAGAUGUCAUUGCAGCGGUGUAAGCUGCUGGUUAAAUAAUCUAUCCCUCCCCUCCAUGUCCCUAUCUUUUAUUUGAGUCUUAAUUCUCUGUGUCACACAAAAUACUAAUGGAAGACUCUGCUUUCCGUUGGACUGUUCUGUCUGAAGCGGGAUCUACAAAACUGGAUUGGGAGCAAAUGUCGCUAUGCUGGCUGAGGCCAUUCGCUGCACUCUGGUAAACUGCACAUGUGAGUGUUUCCAGCCUGGAAAGAUCCACCUGCGAACAUGUGACCAGUGCAAACAUGGCUGGGUAGCUCAUGCUCUGGACAAGCUCAGCACUCAGCACCUCUACCACCCGACCCAGGUGGAGAUCGUUCAGUCCAAUGUGGUGUUUGACAUCAGCAGCCUGAUGCUGUACGGCACUCAGGCCGUUCCCGUCAGGCUCAAGAUCCUCCUCGACCGCCUUUUCUCUGUGCUCAAGCAGGAAGAGGUGCUGCACAUCCUCCACGGUCUGGGCUGGACCCUGCGAGAUUAUGUCCGGGGCUACAUCCUGCAGGAUGCAGCAGGCAAGGUACUGGAUCGUUGGACUAUCAUGUCCAGAGAAGAGGAGAUUAUCACCCUGCAGCAGUUCCUGCGCUUUGGUGAGACCAAGUCCAUCGUAGAACUGAUGGCCAUUCAGGAGAAAGAAGGUCAGGCUGUUACUGUACCCUCGUCCAAGACAGACUCUGGAAUCAGGACAUUCAUUGAAAGUAAUAACAGGACACGCAGUCCAGGGCUCUCCUCCAUACAUAUAGAAAAUAGUAGCCCUUCAAGCAUUCACCACUUUGAAAAUAUCCCUAACAGUUUAGCAUUCCUUCUGCCAUUCCAGUAUAUCAACCCAGUCUCUGCCCCCAUGCUUGGUUUGCCUCCAAACGGGCUCUCUUUGGAGCAGUCUUCCAUGCGGCUGCGGGAGCCCAGCCUACCAAAUCAAGGAGAACAAGUGGAGACCAGUGAGUCAGAGGUAUCUCUAUCACCGUUCCGCACUGGUCAGAGCCCUAGUCGAGGAGUUUUAGGAGCCAUGAACAAUAACACAGAACCCAAGAAAGAACCCAGCAACUGUGGAUCGCCAAUUUCCCCUUCCCCUUCUACUCAGCAAGCUCAGCAGCAACAACAGCAAACACAACUUCAGCAACAACAGCAGAGCCAACAGCAAUCCCAAAGUCAACCUCAACAACUAAACAACCUGAGUGACCACCAGGUUCAUCAUCAGUUUAUAAAAGAUGAACCUUCCAAAACUAUCUCACACUCAACUUUCUCCACCAAGAUGCAUCACCGUAUGCGACGCAUGGGAACAACCUCACGAAAGGGUCGCGUGUGCUGCAACUCCUGUGGAAAAACCUUUUACGACAAAGGCACAUUGAAGAUACACUAUAAUGCUGUACACUUGAAAAUUAAACACCGUUGCACCAUUGAAGGAUGCAAUAUGGUCUUUAGCUCUUUGCGCAGCCGUAACCGACAUAGUGCCAAUCCUAAUCCCCGGUUGCACAUGCCCAUGUUGCGGAAUAACCGUGACAAGGACCUUAUUCGUGCCAACUCCACCACUGGUACACCUGUCAUCUCAAGCAGCAAGAAUGGUGGCUUUACACUCACCAGCCCAGGAAGACCACCAUUGGGUUUCACUACUCCUCCAGUAGACCCCUUGCUUCAGUCUCCUCUUCCAAGUCAACUGGUAUUCCCAUCCCUGAAGUCGGUCCAGCCAGUUCAACCAGUGCCCCCAUUUUAUCGAACUCUAGUGUCCCCAGCAGACCUCGUCAGUUCCCCAGUGUCACUGCCAACCAGUCCCAUCAUGCCCACCUCUACCAAUAGCACCGCCCUGAUGGACCAGCAACAGCAGAUACUUGCUGCUGCAUCGGUUGCAUCACACAAUAGUAUGCACAUGUCAGAAGCAGGUCCCUUGUCACACCGGCUAGCCACCUCCAGUGCCAGUCAAGACCUCAGUAUAAACAGUGACCCCACACCCAAAAAGAAACCUCGUAAAUCCAGUAUGCCAGUUAAGAUUGAAAAGGAAGUGAUUGAUGUUGCAGAUGAAUAUGAGGACAAAGAUGAAGAUGACGAUAAUAGUAUACAUCAUAACCUCAAUCACCAAACAUCUCUUUUGCACAACAACAUCAAAAUCAAUGGAAACUGUAACAGCAAAAACAACAGUGGCAACGGACACCAAAGCGGUGGUAGUGGACAGCAUUCUCCCUCUCAGGAUGAGAUGAGCCCAGGCCUAGCUCUCAGAGGAAUGAUGAGGCAGAGUGAAGAUGAAUGCAGGGAAGGGACUGGCAGUGACAGCAGGGGUGGUGCUUCUGAGCUACGAUGUAUGGACAGCUUCACAUCAGAGGAUCAAGACAAUGAGAGAGACUUUGAAAACGAGUCAGAAACCUCUGAUUCAAAGAUGUUCUACAGAGAUGAGCUAAUGGAUGCAGAGGAAGAGCAAAAGCACAACAGGGGUCUAAGAGGCCAGGACAAAGUCCUGGACAGUGAAAGUGGUCAUGAAACCCACAUGAGAAAAGAAGUAGAAGGAAACGGCCAUUCCUCGCCCCCCCCUCACCAUCCUCCCAUCAAGAUUAAAGAAGAACUCAACGAUCCAUCUUACGACAUGUUCUGCAUGAGCCAAUACGGCCUCUAUAAUGGAGGCAUGGCAGCAGCAGCAGCUGCUGCUGCAAGCAUGGCAGCUCUGCAUGAGAGCUGGCACCAUAUCUCCUCGAUAGGAUACGGUGCCAGUCCACCCAAGUUCCCUUCUUCCCAAUCACCGGAAGGGGAUCCGUGUUCAAGUCCUGAUCCCAAGAUCUGCUAUGUGUGCAAGAAGAGCUUCAAGAGCUCCUACAGUAUGAAACUGCACUACAAGAACGUGCACCUUAAAGAGAUGCACAUGUGCACUGUGGCUGGCUGCAAUGCUGCUUUUCCCUCCCGACGGAGCCGUGACAGGCACAGCUCCAACAUCAACCUGCACCGAAAACUGCUGACCAAAGAACUGGAUGACAUUGUCUUGGACCCCCGACUCACGCCACUGCCUAAGGACCUGCAAGCUGAGCUGCUGGCCAAGAUCUAUGGUGGGCACCAUACAGGCUUGGACCCCUUGACCAGACUUGGCAUCGGAGCCGCCAGCCUACGGUUCCCUGGUCUGCCCCACAAUGGCCAUUCCGUUAUGAGCAAUGAAUACCCUCACCAUUCUCUACACCAAGAACUUAAAAGCCGCCACGCCAAUGGCUUCUUGCAGGGCCAGCCAGAUGAUUACAUGGUGUUGGACCUGAGCACCACAUCCAGUGUUCAAUCUAGCAGCAGCGUCCACUCCUCACAUGAGUCAGAAGAGGGCAGCGAUGAAGGCAUCUUAUUAGAUGACCUUGAGGAAGAAAUUGAAGAACAGGAAGAGGAGGGCAACAGCGACGGAGAGGACUACUCUCAGCGGGCCGAGGACCGGGGCGAAGGGGGACAUCAGGAUGAAACUGGAGAAGUAAGAGAAGGACGAGGUGAGGGUUUGGGUCCUUCCUCACCAUUCCUCUUAUCAUCCAUGGGGGCCAGUAAUGGCAGCAGUGGUGGGAUCCUCUGUAACAUCUGCCACAAAAUGUACAGCAACAAAGGGACCCUGCGAGUGCACUACAAGACUGUGCACCUGCGAGAGAUGCACAAGUGCAAAAUCCCAGGUUGCAACAUGGUGUUCAGCUCUGUGCGCAGCCGGAACAGACACUCUCAAAACCCCAACCUCCAUAAAAACAUGCCCUUCUCUACAAUAGUAGACUGAAAAAUGACUUGCAACUCAACCCUCCUGUCAGUCUGCCCACUCAUCCCCUCAUCCUUCAUCUUUAUUUCUCCUCUAAUUAGCUAUUAGUUUCGGCACAGGACCAUCAAAUCCAAGCAACAUGCCUGUAUUCUUCCUUGCUCUUACUACUUUGUAAGUCAAGACAUUUUUAUCUCCAUUUAUAAAGUUAUUUAACUCUAAAUGCAGUUUAUCAUUGCAAACAUUGACUUUUCCUCAUCUGGAAGAAAAGGAUAAAAUUCAUAGGCAUGGAGUAUGCUUUGUAUUAAAAAAAAGUUUUACGUCAUAGGCUCCCUUUACCUGUUCUUUUCUACCUUUCUGUGUACAUCCAUCUCCAAAGAACCCACUCAAACUCUCAUUUGUGAGUUUGCCUGCAGAAACUAUAGUAUUGAAAAAAAGAAAAUCUUCUCGUUGUAUUUGUGUAAUUAUACCUUUUAAACAAACCCCUUACAAAAGCAUGACAGCUUCAUAUGUAAAUAAUGUCCCAAGAGGCUUUUGUUGUGAGAGUUGUGUUGAUGGUUGUUUGCUUCUUUUUUCUCUCCUUAUGGUUUUUAUGUUACAGCCAAGUACAAUACUUCAGCUGUAGGCAAGAAAGAGGUAGCAUCUUAAAAAGCUUGACUCAUUUAUGUUCGCGUUGACAAAGAGUUUAAAAUUGAGUCCUAUGGGGGAAAAAACGAAUAUCAUGUGACUUGUUUUAAGUGCUUGUUAAAUAUUCAGAGUUUGCCGGCAUGCUUUUUUAGGCUCCAACACUGAUAUCAUUCUCUGUAUUUCUAUAAUUUUUUUUGUCUGUUAUGUUUAUGAGCUUAAGUAUACCAAUUCAGUUUUUUGCACUUUGCAUCUAUAAAAGGGGAUGUGUAAUAUUAUUAUAAAGAUGACUUUUGCUAUUGAAAAUGUAGGUGUUUCUCAAGGUCAUUGGUGGCUACAGUGCCAAGGGAGGUGACACUGCCUUUAAGAUAUUUGUGCCAGUUUUUUUUUUCUUCUUUUUUUUUUUGCACAUGCGUAAUUUUAAACACAGCUUCGAGACAUAAAGUACUUAACAGAAGAGAUCUUGCCCCAUGACUCUUAAUCUACGUUCACACCGGGCUCGGAAACGCAAGUUCGAGUGACGGCUUCCACUCACAGGUCUAUGUAAACAUGCAUUUAUGCAAUGCUUACAUGCGCUACACACAUUUCUAAGUCUGUUUGUGGGCUCUAUGUACAAAACGUGCGGAAAUUGAAAAUAAACCAGUUGAAGUGAACAAUCCGGGACCCAGGUUUGGAAGUGACGUAUGGGUAGGGUCCUUUUUAAAAGACGGAAAUGCCAUCAUUUGAAAUUCAAUUGUGAAGGAGAAAAUAUUAAAUGUGGUUUAUGCCCAGUCGAAGUUAUUUGGUACCAAGGCCACAUGCAAAUGGCUUUCUUACCCAUAUGCCUUCUCCCUAUCCCUAAAUGUAUACAUCCAAGGAGAGGGAUGUGGAAGAAAAUAGUGUCUUCAAAUUCGACUGCCCGAUGACAUCAUCUAUAGUCGUCGGUUAUCUAUGUUAGUGCGUAGAUGCCACCGCUCAAAAAUACAUAAGAUCGGAUUUAUGACUUUAAAAACCCAUGCAAAAACAAAAACUAAUUACUUACACUUAAGUAUAAACUUCAGUGCUUCAGUGCACACCCAUGUGAAGAAAUGCAUGUUUUCUUUGACCCACGCGAAUUGUCCUACUGGUGGAGGGAUACCUAGCCCCCGAGUCGCUGAACUUGGGGGCUAUGAACACCAUAAGCACGUUCAAAAACCCACGUCCGGUGUGUACGAAGCUUUAAAUGUCCUAAGAAAUUAGCUUCGAAAGAUUUUGAUAAUAAUCAAGUCAGUCUAACUGUUGUUACAAAAUGUAGUCAACAUUGCGGAAAACUGUGCUUCAACUUAUGUAUGUAACUAUAAAAAAAAAAGGAACAAAAAAAUCCUUCAACUGUGACCAAAAUACGAGUGUUUAAAAUCAAGCUCUUUUAGUGUGACUAAGCGAUAGGGUCAUAUCGCCCGUUUUGAUCAAUCUCAGACACUUGAGUCUUAAAAGUUUUGCUGUGAAAAUUUGCUGGAUGUUAGCAUUGCUGGGUGCCCCCUUUUAGACACACUUAAUUAAAAUAUUGCCAUUUUUCUUUUUUGAAAGUGCCAAUCGCUGACUCACGGUACAAAUAUUUCAAAUUAUUGGACAAACUAGCCAAGGGAAAGGGUAUUUAUUAGAGGGUGAUAUAUCUUCAUUGAGACGUUUUGUCCAGUAAACAAUAACAUUGUGAAAAGACAAAAAAAAAAUCUGACAUUGUUAAUCAGUUAGACUUGUUUAUCAGUGUAUCCGCCAUGUGCUACUUCAAAAGAAGAUAUUUUCCUCAACUGGUGCUACCCGCAGCGGGAACAUAUGCAGUGUUAUGCGGUGUGCUGUACAGUAUUCACAUCACCUUCCAUCCAAGUUUCAUUUCUCUUAGUUCAACCUUUAGUCAUUAUGCUGUAAAGACACAACCUAUUUUAUUAAAUGCUUUUUAAAUACACAAACUCGAAACACAUGCAGUUUUUAGUUGUCUUUUUUGUAGAGAUGAGAGGGCAGGACAGUGAGGGCUGAGGCUGAUGGAAACGUUGCAGAGGCGGAGGGCUGACUAGGGAGGAAAGGAUGACAGGAACAAUCAUUAAAAAUGUGCCGCUUCCCUGUUACCUGGAGGCGUCCCGCCAUCCCAGCUUCUUCUGUCUAAUAACUCACAUGUCACAUCGUUACACUGCCAGGCGUCAAAGGUGCUGACAGGACUGUGACACUGACAGAAGAAGAAAAGAAAGAAAGGAAAGACAUGGUGCGCUAUGAACAAUUUAAUUUCACUCAGUCAAUUAAGUUAAAAUCAAUUCAUCUCUUCAUUUUCCAUGUGUGCUUAUUCUCCUACUGGGAAGAUUGUAAUUUAAAAUUGUAAUUUAAUUCUCAUCCUUCCUUUUGCCUGUGUUUUCCUGUUUUUUUUCUGUCAGAGCUCAGUCAUUUAACGUCUGCCUCCCUCGUUUCCACUCCCUUGCCUAGUCCACACGCCACAGUGCAGAUCCUACAGGGACGCACUCUAAUACUGUAUGCUCAAGUUCAGCAGACAGCCAUGGCAUUGGAAAAAAAAAAAAAAAAAGAAGGAUGGGUAAUUGCCUGUUUAUCCCAAGUGAAGGGAAAAUUGAGUACAGGAACCCCAGCCUUCUCCCUGGAGUGAGUUUCACUGAGCUGCUCGCUGCCUCAUUCACUCAUUCGCUCCCUCAGGCCCGUAUUCUGGCACAAAAAAAAAAAAGGAACCCUGCUGACAGCUGUCUCCGUAACACACAACAGAGGAACAAGCUCUGGAAGACAAACCUGAGAUCACUCUCUUCUGCUCACUUAGUUAACUGAGACCAAGCUAUACACAGAAAAUAAUCCUUUUUGUUCAAUAACAUGACUGUAGAAACAAAAAGAUGACAACAGCAUAAUCAGAUUGUUUUUAAAUCCCACAAAUACAUUUUUAAUUUUGAGCAGUACUUAAUUUGUAAAUUAAGUCAUUUUAGGCAGUUCCCAAACUUGUAGGUGUUUAGAUGAAAACCUUGUCUUUUUAUAGCAGCAGUCUGAUUAGGUUGGACCAGCAAAGCAUGAACCUGAAGUGUAGCAGGGAGGCACACACACCAGGAAUAUAAUGAUUCGGCCUCAGGUCAUUUGAUGAUUUGGGAUAAACUAUAAAAUAAGGCAUUCUGAUUUUUUUCUCUCAUUUUCGAUCAGUUGACUGUUGAUGUGAUCAGACAUACUGAAUUCUGCAUAUUUUGGCCUAACAAGAAUUGAAAACGAGUUUAAUAUAGUUAAAAUGUGAAAUGUGAUUUUGGUCGUAAAUUACAUUUCAGUUUUUCUACGCUGUCAAGUUAAAUUAUUGAGGAUGAGAUAUUAGUUUAGUUUAAUUAGAAAAAACAACUGUUCAGAAAAGAAUAGCAAUUUUUUUGUUAGUAAUUGCUAUGUUUGACACAGCCAUUAUGGUGAUAAAAUGACAGAUUCAAUUUUAAACUCAAAAUGAAUUAAUAUAGUUUGUUAAAUUUAUUUUGAAAAAGAGCAGGUAAAAGGAAAAAAAAACUAAUACAAAAAUCUUCCAAAAAUACAUUUUAGUGUAAAAUUCUUUACAUAGAAAUAUGACAUUUUUAGGUAAAACGGUAUUACAAUAAACCGACUCUACUAUGGUCCAGGUAGGUUUUUAAAUGAGCAGAAUUAAAGCUUUAGAAGACAACAUAUCUUACUAAAAAAAAAAAAAAAACAUUCAACAAAUUAACACUUUGAGUUGAGAAUCAAACAGAAAAACGGGAUUGCUUGAAAGAAUCAAACUUAAUCACUUGAUGCAGGAUAGAAAGGGAAAAACAGAGUCAGAAUCCUCCUGACUCUCUUAUGCAGUGAAAAGGCCACAUGCAGGUAUUUACACUCCAGACACCCUUCAACAGAUGACAUCCUUCCUCCUCAAAACUAGCUUUCGCGUUUUAUUGUUUCUAACUUCUCCAGGUCAGGCUUCAUUUUGCUACAUAUCAGCUGUGCUUUUGGAUGGAAGACAUUCUUCAGGAUCAAAUCUUAAAUAUUUGAUCGGAGCUGCAUUUAUCACUUAUAUUCUGUUUAACCUACUGAGAGGGAGAGGGCUGGAAAAUGUCUGUCUUGUUAGUUGGUGUCCAUUUCCUUCCUGUCACAGAAUGAGUGAGUAUACCAUGAGGAUGAGGUGACACUGCAUGCAGUCAAUGUAGCUUAUAGGUCAAAGUGAGGUACUUUUCUUAAAUUUAAAAUAUGCAGACAGAAAUAAAAGUAGAUUUGUGUCUAAACAAAAUACCCUCAUCAGUUUUAACUGGAAUAUGGGAAACAUUAUAAAAAAAAAAGAAAUAACGGUCCUCAAAGUGUUUGCCAUUCUGUUUUCCAAAUGUUUUGCAUUUUUAAAGCAUUUCGUUUUGAGAGGUAGUAAACUUAAACUUCUACCAUAUCUCAUGUGUUUGUGUAUCCCAAUGCAUUUGUUUUUGUCUUUGUAAAGCCUAUCCUACAGCGCUGGCACUCAACAACGUUGCAUGGCUACAAAAUCGCACUGCAAAGAACCAAAAGAGCAAAGGAGCUUUGUGUCACUUUGAACAUACUGUAUGUUACUUAAGGAGGUGUUCCCCAUAUGUGGACAGUAAAAAAAGGAAGAAAAAAAACUUUUUAAAGGACUGUGCGUUUUUUUUUUCUUAUUAGCUUUUCUUGUAUUUGUCUCUGUAUCAUAACUGUCCAUGGUUUUUGCAUAAAAUGCAUAAGGGUUUUGGGAUGUAAAUGGAAUUUUAUUCAUAUUUUGUCCGAAUACCUCUUGUAAUUUGUAUCAAAAUUCUUGUACAAUUUUUAUAUUAAAGAUUUAUCAGUGACUGGCA